AUGCCAAGGAGUUGCCCCACCCGUGGUUGUGUUGGUUCUCUGCCUUUCACCACGAGCCAGCUGGCUCUGCUCCUGGACGAGUCAAUAAAGCUGUCGGAAUCACCUGUACGCUGCCGUGAGGUGGACAGAAGUCCAGUCUUCUUGCCUCGUGUCGGCGAACGUCCAGCGGGCGCCGAGAGAGCGGGAGCCUUGAUAAUCCCCGUGUUAAUGCGGGCAGCAGGAGGCUUGGGGUUGAGCAAAGAGCGUGGCCAGGGACAGCUGAGUCGUGAGGAGCUGUGGGCGUCAUUGAUGCUGGCAGACUUUGUGAUCAAGAAGCGAGAAGGUUUGAUGAAGAGAUUCUUGUACGAGCUGUCACUGCUGUCCUUGUGCCGCUUAGAGAUAGGGAAAGGUAUACGGUUUCAGAAAUCGGUGUCUACAGGAUCGGUGGCUUUCCGCUUAGUUGACGAUGUAGGCUAUUGA